AUGGCUACCAACCAGGGACUCGAGGAUGUCCCCGAGGGCCAGAUCGAGUCCAACUACGAUGAGACCGUUGACUCCUUCGAUGAUAUGGGCCUGAAGCCCGAGCUUCUCCGAGGUGUCUAUGCCUACGGUUUCGAGCGUCCCUCGGCCAUUCAGCAGCGUGCUAUUAUGCCUGUUAUCAAGGCCCACGAUGUUAUUGCUCAGGCCCAGUCCGGUACCGGAAAGACGGCCACCUUCUCUAUCUCCGUCCUCCAGAAGAUUGACACCAGCGUCAAGCAAUGCCAGGCUCUCAUCCUCGCCCCCACUCGUGAGUUGGCUCAGCAGAUCCAGAAGGUCGUCGUCGCCAUCGGUGACUUCAUGAACAUUGAGUGCCACGCCUGUAUCGGUGGUACCAGCGUUCGUGAGGACAUGAAGGCUCUCCAGGACGGCCCCCAGGUCGUCGUUGGUACCCUGAUGUUCGUCCUCGAUGAGGCCGAUGAGAUGCUUUCUCGCGGUUUCACGGAGCAGAUCUACGACAUCUUCCAGCUCCUUCCCCAGUCUACCCAGGUCGUCCUUCUCUCGGCUACCAUGCCCCAGGACGUCCUUGAGGUCACCACCAAGUUCAUGCGUGACCCCGUUCGCAUUCUCGUCAAGAAGGACGAGCUUACCCUUGAGGGUAUCAAGCAGUUUUACAUUGCCGUUGAGAAGGAGGAGUGGAAGCUCGACACCCUCUCCGAUCUGUAUGAGACUGUCACCAUUACCCAGGCGGUUAUCUUCUGCAACACCCGCCGCAAGGUCGACUGGCUCACUGAGAAGCUCACCUCUCGUGAUUUCACCGUGUCUGCCAUGCACGGUGACAUGGACCAGGCCCAGCGUGAUCUUAUCAUGAAGGAGUUCCGUUCUGGAUCUUCUCGUGUCCUGAUUGCCACCGACCUUCUCGCCCGUGGUAUCGAUGUCCAGCAGGUCUCGCUCGUCAUCAACUACGAUCUCCCCGCCAACCGUGAGAACUACAUUCACCGUAUCGGUCGUGGUGGUCGUUUCGGCCGAAAGGGUGUCGCCAUCAACUUCGUCACCGCUGAUGAUGUCCGCAUGAUGCGCGAGAUCGAGCAGUUCUACAGCACUCAGAUCGAGGAGAUGCCCAUGAACGUUGCCGACCUCAUCUAA